ACAUUAGUUUUUCUUGUAAAAAAAAAACUGUUAUAAACUAUUUUUUCUUUUUAUCAAAGUGAGUAUAAAUUAAACAUGGCAAUGGCAGCGAAUAAAAGUACUAGAGAAGAACUUCUGUCAUUAAUAGAUGAUAUUGAAUUAAUUGCAAAGGAAAUGAUUGAAAACACAGUAGCGCAAAAACAUGCUAAAUUAUCAAGUACCGAACAUGCACAAUUAACCGAAUUGUUAAUUGCUAAAGAUAAGGAAUUAAAAGAAACAUUGAAAAAGGCAGCGGAACAGGGGAAAAUAAAUUUGAAAAUGGAAGCAUUAAAAGCCGAAGUUGAAAGACAGGAUCAGGAAAUUCAACAAUUACAACGUCAACUUAAGGAAGCAGAACAAAUUUUAGCCACUGCCAUUUAUCAAGCUAAACAAAAAUUACUAUCAAUUUCUCGCGCCAAUAAACGGCCAGUUGCAUCUGAAGAAUUAAUUAAAUUUGCUCAUCGAAUUAGUGCGUCAAAUGCCGUUUGUGCUCCUCUCACAUGGCAACAGGGCGAUCCUCGAAGACCAUAUCCAACAGAUAUUGAAAUGAGAUUGGGAUAUUUGGGAAGAUUAAGUGAUCUACCAUUAAAUGGACAAUUAAUGGGCUCACAUCCAGGUAUUCCAGCCGAUUUACAUAGAGCGGGACAUCCUGCAGAACCACCAGUAUCGCAAGCAAAUCAAUUUGCAUGGCAUCCAUCGGGCGAAAUUCACAUGACAAUGGGUGGACAGGGAAGUGUCGCGAUGAACACUCACAAACAGGAAACCGAAGAUGUUGAAGUUAUGUCAACAGAUUCGUCAAGUAGUUCAUCGAGUGAUUCUCAGUAAAAAAAAAAGGAAAGAAAAGUAAUUUUUCAAAAAUGAAAAAUUAUUCCCGAUUUGUCAAAUUGUAAGUUUUUCUCAUAAGGCUUAAUAUUUAAACACGUAAGAAUCAAUUUAAAUUAUCUUUUAUAUAUAUAAACAUAAUAAAGUAAUUUUAUUUACAAAAUUACAUAUAUAUAUAUAAUAUUUAAAAUAAAACUCUAGAUGAGAAUUGUUUUUACAAA